AUGUACCUUGUUGCAUACCUCUCACUCGAGAGUCAUGCUUGGAACACAUUUGUCGUCCCUCAUACUGAUGGCCAAGAUGACACUCCGGGCCUCACGGGAGCUCUAGCUAACUUCACUUCCAACUCAACCAUUCUGUUCCAGAAGGGAGUGACUUAUAACAUCUUCACUCCGGUGGAGUUCCCCAAGUUGACCAACGUAGAAGUCGCGAUCGAGGGAAACCUUACCUAUCCCUCGGAUAUUCCCACUGUUCAAGCUAUUGUAGCGAUUUCGAAGGCUCCUGGUGUGUUCUCGUUUUCGGGUGGAGACAACGUAACCUUGCGUGGUUCAACCGAUCCCGACUGGGGCUGGGUGGAUGCCCACGGACAAGGAUGGUGGGACACCAUGGAACAGACCAAUCGUCCCCAUGGCUGGUCCUUCAGCAAAAUCAGCAACGGUGUCAUUAGGGACAUGAAAAUCUGGAAGCCAAUAGCAUGGAGCUUUGCGACCAGCGGCUCGUCAAAUUUGCACGCGUUCAAUAAUAUUAUCAUGGCGGUGUCUGAUAAUUCCUCGGCUUUCCCUUUCAAUACCGAUGGAUUUUCCGCUGGUGGAACGAACAUGCUCUUUGAGAACAAUCGCGUCGUCAACGGGGAUGAUUGUAUCACAGUAGGAAGUGGCGCGAGCAAUAUACAUUUCCGGAAUUCAUACUGCGAAGGCGGACACGGUCUCUCAAUCGGAUCCUUAGGAGAGAACGGAGCCGUGUCUAAUGUCCAGGACGUUUUGUUUGAAAAUGUUAUUAUGAAGGAUACGCUGUACGCUGCGCGCUUCAAGAGCUGGGCAGGAGGAAACGGGCUUGCACGCAAUAUCACAUGGAAGGAUAUCGUGUUCGAUAAUGUUCCCUUUCCUAUUUAUGUUACACAGAACUAUUGGGACCAGGAACUCGGAGCACAACCAAACUCGACUAACACCACCAGCACCCACAUUGAAGACAUGACUUUCCAGAACUUUGCUGGAACAAUCAGGGACACGCCAUACGUCGAGGGGAGUUGCGUUAGCGAUCCGUGUUGGUAUUAUGUAGCCAAUGCUACGGGCAAGGAAGUAAUUAUCUUUGAUCUAUAUCCUGGUACCGUAACCGAUAUCGUGGCCAAGGCCAUCUCUGCGACGACGGAGACAGGCUCAGUCGUCGAUGUAAUGUGUGAUCCUACAACUGUGACGAAUGACGUUGGAUUCAAAUGCUGGGAUGGCGCUUAUAUUCCUACUGUUGCUGGUCUCUAG